CAAAUACACCUGGGAUGGACACAGCACAACCACGGGACAGAUAAUCAAAGAAAUCAAAUCAUACACUCAGGAUUGGAGCUACACACAAAUCAUCAAGAGACACAUGGAAUUCGACACAGAGAUAUGCAAGGAAGGAAUAAUCCCACACAUCAGUGACAUACACAGGUCAAACAUUCACAGAAAAACAAAUCAAAGGCAACAUACAGGCAACCACAGUAUCGAUGAUCAAAACGACAACAUAAAAGAAAAAAGGCACUUAUCUCAAGCAACCAACAACAUGGAACCCUCAGCGCCAGGAGAAACAACGGAAUUGGAAGGUAACGUCACAGAAACUGAAAUCAUACAAAGGGGAAAUCACACUACUCCGAAUCAAAGCACAGACCGUACAAGACAAACGUCAACAACGAUAAGAAGGAUACCUGAAAACCAACAUCCACAUGCAAGAAGAAACCGGCUCGACGACGGUCACCAGAACCACCAAAGCACAGGUACGAUACGUAACGAUCAAGGCCAAACCGGAACACCACCAAGCUUCUCUCACGCUCAUCCAAGAAGACUACCUCAUCGCGACACAGGGUAAAAUAACGACCGCUCAGGACAUCUACCACGCAGACUCCCUCUCUUCGAUUUUGGAAAACCCUAGGGUUACUACAAUGGCGACGAUAAGGGGGGCUGUUGGCAUUAUUAUGUUCAACGCAUCAAGUUUGGACUGACUACAAAUAUUCCCUUAGGCCCACUACUUCAUACUUCUUUUUUGUCCUUUUCCUUUUUUCAAAUUAGGGCUCAAACCCAAACGGCCCAUAGCAGUUUCUAUUUGUAAAAUCCCUUGUACCUCAACCUCUUACUCAAUAAAAUUGGGAAGUGUACCCCGACACUUCCCUCACCGACCGUGGUUUAUUCUGGGUUAAAAAAAUAACUAAAAU